CAUUCGGAUUCUGAUUCUCGUUUAUCGUUCGCAGCUCUUUUCUAGAUUCUAUCUCUGCUCUCUUUUCUUGUGCGGAAGUUUCUUGCGCGACGGAGACGGAGACGAAGACGAAGAAGAAGAAGAACCGGCGGCGACGCGUUGCGGCACGUGCGUGGUGGGGAUGCCGGUGGAGCCCUGGGCGCACCCCGCGAACCAGCACGCUGCCACCUGGGUUGCUGGCAAGGCCAGCCCCGCGAGCUUCCACUCCAGCUACAUGCACGCCGCCCCGAGCGGCUCGGCCUCCGGCUUCGCCAACAACCUCAACCAGAGCGGCGGUGGCGAGAACCUCUACGUCCACGUCGCUCCGCUGAAUGCUUCCGCGCCGCCUGGCAAGAGUUCGAUGAACAAGAUACGCCACACGUUGAACUGGUGUGGCAAGAGGUUCGAAGAUGCUUUGCGAAAAGCAGAGGCACUCGCGGACAAUUUCGGCAUCACCGUGAGUUUUCUCUACAUUCUCGCAAAAUAUGUCUGUAUAAUCAGAUAGAAACAUUUUGGAUUA